AUGGUGGCGGGAAAGUUAGACAUUGCAAAGAAACAGCACAGAGAACGAUCGCAGCCUGUACAACGCAAACGGCUGGGUCUGCUCGAGAAGCAUAAAGAUUAUGUCAAACGAGCGAGGGACUACCAUGCCAAGAAGGACAAGAUCAAAGCACUCCAGACGAAAGCAAGUCAGCGCAACAAGGAUGAAUUCUACUUUGGCAUGAUCAAGGCAAAGACAAGGGGCGGUAUACAUGUGCAGGAUCGAGGGAAUACCGCCUUGCCGCAAGAGCUGGUACAAGUGUUGAAGACUCAGGACGCAAAGUAUAUCGAGCGAGCGCGAGCGUCAGAAGCCAAGAGGAUUGCAUCCGUCAAGGCGCAGCUGGCCGUCCUCAUCGAUGUCGGCAGAGAUGAGGAGACUGCCCGCUUAAUCUCUGGCUCGGCAGAAGCAGGGCCUAGCAAGCCAAGCAAGACCAUCUUCGUCGACACACUGGAUCAAAUGAAACGCUACAAGCCGCAAGAGGUUCGCAGCAGCAAGACAAAGCCAGGGGCAGCGCCCGAGGACGAAGAUAUCCGGGCAGCGCAAGCAGCUAAGCAUCGGACGAGGCUGCAGCUAGAACUCAAGGCGCGGCUCGAACGCGACCAAGGACUCGCACGAGCGCAGAGAGAGCUAGAGCUUACGCGGCAGCUGAUGCGCAAGGGGUCGAAGAAGCUCUUGGACAGAUCGAAAGCAGCCGGGGAGGAGUCGAGCAUUUCGCGCGCAGAGGAAGAAGAUGAUGAGAUCGCGCUGAGACAGAUGCGCAACGGAGCAAGGCUUGAGGGGCUACCUCAAACAAAGCUGCCCGAGCCGCAUCAACGAGAAGGCGUCACGACUGGCGCAAGAGUCUGGAAAUGGAAGAACGUGAGACAACGUUGA